AUGCGCCCCGACAGCCCCAUCAAGCCGCUUGGCAGCAGCGAAAAGGCCGACUACGGCUUCGCAGCCGCGCUGCUCGGCCACCCAUCGCCCUCGAAAAAGCCGAACAGCGCCCUGCCGCAGACGCCAUUGACGUCGCCGUCCAAGUCGAGCGCGUACGGUAGUACCAGUGGCAGCCCGUCGAAGCAGACCAACCACUCGCCGAGAGCACGACCGCCAGAACCCGUCUACAUCUCUUCCAAGGAUUUUGGCCCGAGCGCCGAAGACGGCGCCGCGACCGAGGAUGCGCCCGAGGCGCCCGAUGCGUCCGCCGAGUCUGCGGCAGCGAAAGACAAUGCUGCCAAGCGAGCCGAGCGCAAGAGCAAAACGGAAGCUAUCUCCGCCAUUGCGAGUGCUGACGCCGACGUCAAGCCCGCGUCCACCAACCACCCGGCCCGCAAAGCCGUCAGGCAGCAGCCCGCCCCUCCGCUCAAGUUCAACUACUCGAACAUCGAUGCGAGCUCGAGCAGCGACGACCCGGGCAUCCCUACGGGGUCCAGCACCCCGCGCCAGCCUCCGAAGCGCCUGCGCCCGCGCCUGUUUGGCCUCGAGGAGGUGCCCACCUUCUACCCGACGCCGGAAGAGUUCAGCGAUCCGAUGCGCUACAUCGAGGCGAUCGGCAAAAAGGGUGCCGAGUACGGCAUCGUCAAGGUGGUGCCGCCGGUCGGCUGGAACCCGGAAUGCGUGCUGGACGAGGAGACGUUCCGCUUCCGGACGCGCGUGCAGCAGCUCAACGAGCUGACCGCCGACGCGCGUGCGUCGCAAAACUACCUCGAGCAGCUCGACAAGUUCCACGCCCAGCAGGGCCUCAAGCGCGUCACGAUCCCCGUCAUCGACCGCAGGGCGGUCGACCUGUACGCGCUCAAGCUGGUCGUCGCGACCUACGGCGGCUACGACCAAGUGUGCCGCCAGCGCCGCUGGUCCGAGGUGACGCGCAAGAUCGGCUAUACGGAAGAAGGGUCGGCACACCUCUGCUCGCAGGUCAAGGCGGCUUACGGACGCAUCAUUGAGCCAUACGAGGACUUCCUCCGCAAGGCCAAGGAGCAGGUGCGCCUUGGGCAGACGUCCACCAGCCCUACGGUCGGACAGGGCGUUGCGAUCGGCGGUCCGUACCUGGGCUCCUCGCACUUGGGCGACGCGGCAGUCAAGCUGGCGUCCCCUGCCAUGGACGGCGGCUUCGCCACCGGCACUUCGACCGCACUCCUGGGCACUCCGGAGCCGCAUAGCUCGCACACCGCCGAGCUGCUUGCCGCCGAAGGCCUCGACGAUGGAUCUGGCGCCGGUAAUACGCCCAACGGGGGCAAGCGUCGGAGCUCCCGCAAGCGCGGCGACCCCUCGAGCACGGGCGCCGGCCCCAGCGCGAGGGGCGCCGACACGCCGGCCUCCGGAAGGAAGCGCAAGGCGAGCACCCCAAUCGCGUCUGGCAGCGCCCCGCCCAAGGAAAAGAUCGUGGUGCUGCCCGGCGCCGAGGAGCAGAUGUGCGAGAUCUGCUUCCGCGGCGAGGACGGCAUCAACAUGCUGCUGUGCGACGAGUGCAACCGCGGCUACCACAUGUACUGCCUGCAGCCGCCGCUGACGGCGAUCCCCAAGUCGCAGUGGUUCUGCCCCUCGUGCCUGAUCAGCGUGGGCGGCGACUACGGCUUCCACGACGGCGAGACGCACAGCCUCUAUACUUUCUGGCAGAGGGCCGAGUCGUUCAAGCGGGCGUGGUGGAGCUCCCACCCGGACCGGAUCUGGGACCCGUCGACGGACCCGGAGGCCGACGCCGAUGUCGACGGCGACGCCAUGGAAGUCGACGGAGCUGCGACGGCGCGAAGGACCAACGGGCUGGCCCGUCGCAUCCCGGGCACCGACCUCGUCGCGUCCGAGGACGAUAUCGAGCGCGAGUUUUGGCGCCUGAUGCACAGCCAGGACGAGGUGGUCGAGGUCGAGUACGGCGCCGACGUCCACUCGACGACGCACGGCAGUGCGCUGCCCACGCCCGAGACGCACCCGCUCAGCGCCUACUCCAAGGACGGCUGGAACCUCAACAACCUGCCGAUCCUGCCCGCCUCGCUGCUGCAGUACAUCAAGUCGGACAUUUCGGGCAUGACGGUGCCCUGGAUCUACGUCGGCAUGAUGUUCUCCACCUUCUGCUGGCACAACGAGGACCACUUCACCUACUCGAUCAACUACCAGCACUGGGGCGAGACCAAGACGUGGUACAGCGUGCCCGGCGCCGACGCGGAAAAAUUCGAGGCGGCCAUGCGCAAGGUGGCGCCGGACCUGUUUGAGACGACGCCGGACCUGCUGUUCCACCUGACGACCAUGAUGAGCCCGGAGCGGCUCAAGGCUGAGGGGGUGCGGGUGUUUGCGUGCGACCAGCGGGCCAACGAGUUCGUCAUCACCUUCCCCAAGGCCUACCACAGCGGCUUCAACCAGGGCCUCAACCUCAACGAGGCCGUCAACUUUGCGCUGCCAGACUGGAUCGACUACGGACGCGAGUCCACGGAGCGCUACCAGCUCUUCCGCAAGGGCCCGGUCUUCUCCCACGACCAGCUCCUCGUCACCGUCUCGCAGCAGAACCAGUCGGUCACCACCGCCGUCUGGCUGCAGCACGCGCUCAAGGAGAUGGUUGACCGCGAGCUCGAGCGGCGCGAUGCGCUGCGGCGCGAGGUGCCCGACCUCGUCGAGGUGCUCAAGGAAGACGACUUGCCGGAGAGGGACUACUCGUGCGUGCUCUGCCAGGCAUUCUGCUACCUCAGCCAGGUCGUCAGCGACAACGCCGAGGGCCCCGCCUGCCUGGUCCACGCGUCCGAGGUCUGCCGGGUCGACCCGCCUUCGCAGUGGGUGCUGCGCAAGCGCUUCUCCGACGAGCAGCUGCGCGCCAACCACGAGGCCGUCGCCAAGCGCGCUGCCCUGCCGCGCAACUGGGUCAAGCGGGUCGAAGCCACGCUCGCCACGAGUCCGCGGCCCUCGCUCAAGGUGCUCAGGACGCUGGUGGCCGAGGGCGACAAGCUGCAGGUGCCGCUCAAGCGCCUCGAAACGCUCCGCAGCUUCGUCAACCAGGCCAACGGGUGGAUCGAGCGGGCCAACGUCUUCCUUGUGCGAAAGCACCACAAGCGCCGGACCGACAGCAUGGCGGGCCCGGCGCCUCGCUCCCGCCGGUCGCUGGUGGCAGAGGACGCGACGCCGACGCGGCCGAGUAUCGAGCUGCCCGACGAUGCCGCCAGCGAAGCCGGCGUCGACCGCUCUGCCGAGGCGCUCCUCGCGCUGCUCAAGGAGCUCGAGUCGAUGCACUUUGACUCGCCCGAGAUCGCCGCGCUCCAAACUCUCGCCGAGGAGCUGCGCACGUUCCAGGCCAAGGCGAGCGCCAUCCUCGAGUCUGCGGGCGGAGACACGGUGGGCGGAGACAAGGCGGACGGAGACAAGGCGGACGCCGUCUCGAUGAGGGACUGCGAGGACACUCUGACGCUUGGCCUCGCCCUCAAUGUCGACGCCCCGCAAAUCGAAGAGCUGCGCAGCUUCAUCGAGCGCCGCAAGUGGCUCGAGACGGUGCAGAACCUGCUCGACACCACCUACCUCUACGGCCACGAGGUCCGCGAGCACCUCGACAAAGCAAAGGUGUGCGGCGUCACCCAGGGCCCGCUGUUGCGCGAGCUCGAGCGGCGGUACGAGGACGGGCUGGCCUGGGAUAGCCGCGCCCUGUGCCUGCUGAGCGGCAACGUACCCCUGACGAUGGAGGAGCUCGAAAAGCUGCGAGAUGACUCGCACGACAUCGCCGCCGGCUUCGAGAUGGCCGAGAGGCUCAAUGCGACCAUUCAGAAGGGCAAGGACCUGCAGCAGAAGCUCAACGCCCUCUUCAACGACAGCCAGGUGACGCGGUCCGGCGACGGCGACGAGUUGACCACCUCGCCCUCUGAGGAGUUCCGCCGCGGCCUCUUGCCAGAGGCACGCCGCGUCCUGCGCGCGAGCAAGGCCAACCGGCUGGUGCUGCAGCACUCGGACGAGAUCCAGAUGGCUCUCACCCUCUUUGACGUGUGGCGUGGCGAUCUGCACUCGGACGUCGUCAGCCACUUUGCGCCCCACCGCCGCCUCGGCGACACCGAAAAGCGCGCGGAGCUCGAAAAGCUCGCCGACAAGGUGCACGACGUCACCGCACCCGACGACGAGCAGCCUGACAGCGCCGGUCGUCACUGCGUCUGCCGGAAGGCCGAGGCGCCGGACCUCGACGCUCCCGGCAACGUCCGGUGCAAGGGCUGCGGCGUCGCCUACCACCUCCACUGCCUCAAGAUCCGACAGUCGCUCGUGCCCAGGGGCGGCGAAGACUGGGCGUGCCCGAUCUGCGCGCCCGAGACGCUCGAGAGCGUGGUCAAAGGGCACAAAUCAGUGCCCAUCACGCGGCUCGCCCUGCUGGUCGAGUCGGCAAAGUACUCGCCUGACCGGCUGCGCUUCCCGCCCGCCGAGCUCGACAUUGUCCGUGAGAUGCUCCGGCAGACCCGCAGGCUGCAGCAGGUGGCGCAGGAGUUCAUGGUCACCAGGCCGGACCUGCGCAACCCGGACGUGGCUCGGGUCGCACGCCAUCUGUGCCGGAAGCUGCUCGGCUGCCCCUUCGACCUGUACCUCGCCGAGGGCUCGUUUGCCCUCGACGAGCUGUCGCAAGGGAUCAUCGCGCACGCCCAGCCCGAGGAGCAGCCCGACGACUUCCACGGCAACGCGGCCAACGGCCCGGAGCCGAUCGCCUCGCCCCAUCCGACCGCGACUCCCGCACACGUUCACCACCAAUCGGACCCGCAGCCUCCGCCCGCCACCCCUGCAAGCCUGGAGGCGCCGCAGACGCACGCUUCGCCCUCACUGCCGAUUUCGACACCGCAGCCGCAACCGCAGCCGCAGCCGCAACCGCAACCGCAACCGCAACCGCAACCGCAACCGCAACCGCAGCCGCAGCCGCAGCCGCCGUCGACAGCAGAGAGACCGGACCUCGGCCCACCAGCCACGGCACCCAUCCCGGAGGACGCAUCGUUCGACUUUGGCAGGGACGACGACAUGAUGCCUCCCGACGACUCGAUGGAGCUUUCGAGCUCGAGGAUGCUGACCGACGUGCGCAACGAGGCAUCGACCAGCCGGGCAACCGCCUCGUCGCCGGCCAAGGACGACAAGAAGCGCAAGCGCGGCAAGCGCGCCAAGCUCGUCUUCCGCGAAGAGAUCGGCAUCCGGGCGCACCGUAACGGCAAGCCCAUCUACUGCCUCUGCCACCAGCCGGAGCGCGCCCGGAUGAUUGCGUGCGACAAGUGCCUGCUGUGGUUCCACACCGACUGCGUCGGCCUCGGCGAUCCGCCCGUGUGGGAUGGCGAGGCCUGGAUCUGCCCCAUGUGCUGCAUCAAGGCGGAGCGCAAGUACCCGCAGGCCGAGGUGCGCGUCCGAGACAUUGGCGUCGCGGAAAAGGACCUCUACCUCGACAUCCGAGCCACGCUGCGCUCGACCGAGAGGCCCGUCAGCAAGAUCCAGCCCUGGCCCAUCAGCCCCUACUACGUGCGGAUCGUGCUGCACCUCGAGAGCUUCCAGCCGGCCAUCCAGGCCGACGACGCUCGCGGAGACGCCGGCAAGCGGGCCAGGGUCGACUCCGAGACGCCGGCCCGGCAACGCCUCGCCCUUGGUGCCUCGGAUUCGUCGAGGACGCCGCCCGCCGCGAGCGCCCACGGAAGCUUCCAGGCGACGCCCGGAGCGAGCGGUGCCCCGCAUCCGACGUUCAGCGGCUCCGCCGACGGCAAUCUGUAUCGCCCGUCGUACGACUUUCGCUCGCCGUCGGCGGCGGCCGCCGCCGUGCCCGUAUCGUCGUCGUCGUCGUCGCUGCGCAUGGACGGUCGUCGAUCCGCAUCUGAUGCUCGCGCCCCCGCCCGCCAACCCAGCUACGCUAUGAGCAGCUCGGCCGAGUCCGUCCGCCAGUACCAGAUGGAGGGCAGGCGGUGCCUGUUCCAGCGCGGGGUCAGCGACAUCAUGCUGCAGCGCUACUACGUCGCCUUUGACGGCGUCACGCUCAUCUACGCCUAUCGGGACGCCUACGGCAGCGUCGUCGAGGUGCCGCUGGGCGAGACCAUUGCCCUCGACUACGACGACCCCGACGGCACCCUCUUGAUCCGCUCCGCGAUGGACCGAUUCCACCGCACCACCGCUCCAGCUGCUCAGUCGUCGUACGCCACGGCAUCCAGCUCGCGGGGCCAUGACCCCCCCUACGGCGACACUCGCUACCGCGCCACGCCCGCCUACAACACCAGCGCCUCGGCCGCCCCGGUGGUCAUCCGCGACCGGUACGCCGCCCCUCCGGCGCAGCCGGACAGGACCUACAGCGAGUCGAUGGUGCCGCGCAGUGCCGGCUCGGUGGACCACGAGCGCCACGAACGCCACGAGCGGGUGCCGCUGAUGUCGGCGUCGUCGGCUCCCUACCUUCCGCGCGCCGACGGCGUGUCGUCGAGUCCGGGCCCGAUGCCAACAACCCCGCAGCUGCCCGCCCCACUGGGCCCGCCACGCGCCUCGCCCGCCGUCGCCCGGCAGGCGCCCGCGCCAGCCUCGCCGAGGCGCGAGUCGUCCCGGCCCUACGACGCCGACACGGUCGUUAGCAGCAGCGGCCGCUCAGUCUCUGGCAGGCAGACGCCCCUCCAGCGCGGCGCCUCGCCUUCCCGCACGCUAGAGGCCCUCACACGCCACAGCUCAGCGCCGUCGCCGAACCUUGCCACAAACGGCGUCGCGCCCUCCCCCAUCGCCAGCGCAGGAGGCGCCCCCAACGCCAACGGCAGCGGCAGUGUCCACGGCGACGCAGCACCCUCCCGCGACUCGUCUGACUACCGCAACGCCAGGGCCAUGGCGCAGCGGAUGCGGCCCAGCGCCACCGAGGCCGAGAUCGAGGACAUGGUCCGCAGCUUCCUCUCGACAUCGUCGUCGACGUCGACGACCACGACCAUCUCCUCGCCGCCGCCGCCGGCACAGCGGUGA